AUGCGUCUAGCCUCGAGGGCCCUCCGGCCAUACAUCUGCCCGUCAUGCCGACAUGGCGUUGGCAGCCGACGAUUCAGGUCCCAGCUUGCCCAAUCGCCCGACAUCUACGACGUCGUCUGUGUCGGCGGCGGGCCAGCAGGCCUAGGGCUAGUGGCUGCACUCCGAGCAUCGCCCAUCACAUCGAACCUCAGGGUCGCCCUUGUCGAAAGCCAGGACCUCCAAAAAGCCCGAUCCUGGGAUAUGGAGCCGACCAAAUUCUCGAACCGGGUCAGUAGCCUGACGCCCUCGUCUGUGUCGUUCCUGCGCAGCAUCGGAGCAUGGGAACACUUGGACACCGACCGCGUGCAGGAUUAUCAGGAGAUGCAGGUGUGGGAUGGCGAGAGCGGGUCGCGCAUAUCCUUUGACUGGUCUAUGGAGACGUCUCCGUUCGAGGACCUACCGAAUGUCGCAACCAUGACCGAGAACGCGAAUCUUGUUCGUGGGUUGUUGGCGCGUAUUGCUGCUUCGGGCGACGAGAACCUGUCUAUCUUUGAGAACAUGACCGUCGCAUCUAUUGAGAAUGGCUCCGACCACACCGACGGACCCGAUCUGUCGGCCUGGCCUGUUCUCUCUGUCGCACCGACAGGAUCCGCGGCGAGUACCAAGCCGGCAUCCCGCAUCGCUGCGAGACUGCUGGUCGGCGCAGACGGUAUCAAUAGUCCUGUCCGUUCGUUCGCCGAUAUCUCCACCCACGGCUGGGACUACAAUCGACACGGCGUGGUUGCGACCCUGGCACUUGGAGAACCAGAUGUCCCGCCAUUCCCUGCAUCCAUGCGCACAGCCUAUCAACGGUUCCUACCUGCGCUGGGUGGUCCGAUCGCCCUGCUCCCGCUGCCAAACAACCACGCCACACUCGUCUGGUCGACAACACCCGAGCACGCAGCGUACCUGAAAUCGCUGCCGGCGCCCGCCUUCUUGGCUAUGGUCAAUGCAGCCUUCCGUCUAUCUAUGACAGACCUGAAGUAUAUGAUGGGCAUGGACCGUGCAACAUCCACAGAGCAGAUCUCAUCCCACGAAGACGAGCUAUCCUGGCGCCUCCAGCACACGCCACUCCCUUCCCAAAUCCCACCCUCGGCCAUCGGCCUGCAACAGGGCACAGUUGCCUCCUUUCCCCUACGCUUCCGCCACGCAGCCCAAUAUGUCUCCCCUCGUAUUGCUCUCGUCGGAGACGCCGCGCACGUUAUCCACCCGCUCGCCGGUCAAGGCCUCAACCUCGGCCUCGCAGACGUCGCUUCCCUCUCUCGCACAAUCCAGUAUGCUGUCUCCCACGGCAUGGAUAUCGGGGAUUUGCUCACGCUCGAGCACUACUCCUCAGAACGGUACCUCCCCAAUGCUAAAAUUGGUGGCACUUGCGAUCUGCUUCAUAAGAUGUAUAAUGUCCCUGGAAACGGACCCGUCACUUGGGCGCGCAGCUUGGGGCUGGAUGCUAUUAACAAGCUGCCUUUUGUCAAGUCCUUCUUGAUGAAGAACGCGGAGGGUUAG